AUUAUUUUUGAUACACUCGCAUCCAUAAAGCAGAGGUGAGGGAAGUCUAGUGUGCCUCUGCUGUCGUAGUUGAAGUUCUACUGAGGGUUUUCGGGGAAACUAGGACAUAAGAACAGAAGUGAGAAGAGAAGGACAUGAUAUCUUCGGCAACGGUGUGAAGGACCUGAACUCCUCACAGAGAUGUUGGGCCCAAGUGGAUGUCAUGUACAAUGAAUCUGGAGCUAUGGCCGAUUACUCCUCAUAAUAUACAGGAUACUCAGAUCCUUCUUCGCCAUCUUAAUCUAUCCUGGAAGUAACAUGGGAAUGUUCAUAUUUUAUUUCUGGAUUUAGUCAGGAAGGAGAACCGAGCAGCUACAGUGUUACCUUGACGCACCACACAAGUUAUCCGCGCCCGAGCAAUACAGUUCGUGCAUUGGAAGAGCCAAGCGCGUAAAACAGAAUGCAUGGGUGUCAAAGCAGUAAAAUGAUAUAGAAUUGAGAUCUGUAUGUUGACUGACUUUUAUUGUUUGGUGAAUUCACGCCAAGGUCGAAGAAAAUAUAAUUAUUUGAAAAUGAAAGAAAAAUCGAAAAAUGCUGCCCGGACUCGACGGGAAAAGGAAAAUAGUGAAUUCUAUGAGCUGGCCAAGUUGUUGCCUUUACCUUCUGCCAUCACGUCUCAGCUUGAUAAAGCUUCAAUUAUUCGACUCACAACAAGUUACUUGAAAAUGAGAAUUGUUUUUCCUGAAGGGCUGGGAGAGUCCUGGGGCCACGUGAGUCGGACCAGAUCUCUGGAUAAUGUUGGGCGAGAGCUGGGAUCACAUCUGUUACAGACGUUGGACGGGUUCAUUUUUGUGGUUGCUCCUGACGGGAAAGUAAUGUACAUAUCUGAAACAGCAUCGGUCCAUUUGGGCUUAUCACAGGUAGAGCUGACCGGAAAUAGUAUUUACGAGUACAUCCACCCUGCUGACCACGACGAAAUGACAGCCGUGCUGACAGCUCACCAACCCUGCCACUCGCACUUUGUCCAAGAAUAUGAAAUGGAACGUUCAUUCUUUCUGAGAAUGAAAUGCGUCCUCGCGAAAAGAAAUGCCGGUCUGACAUGUGGUGGAUACAAGGUGAUCCACUGCAGCGGGUACCUAAAGAUCCGUCAGUACAGCCUGGACAUGUCUCCAUUUGAUGGCUGCUAUCAGAACGUGGGCUUGGUGGCGGUGGGCCACUCUCUACCCCCUAGCGCUGUCACUGAAAUCAAACUACACAGCAACAUGUUCAUGUUCAGAGCCAGCCUGGAUAUGAAGCUCAUCUUCCUCGACUCCAGGGUAGCUGAGCUGACAGGCUAUGAGCCCCAGGAUCUUAUAGAGAAGACGCUCUAUCACCAUGUCCAUGGCUGUGACUCCUUCCACCUGAGAUGUGCACACCACUUGUUGCUGGUGAAAGGCCAAGUGACCACUAAGUACUAUAGGUUCCUGGCUAAGCAGGGUGGCUGGGUUUGGGUCCAGAGCUAUGCCACCAUCGUACACAACAGCCGUUCCUCCAGACCCCACUGUAUCGUCAGUGUCAACUACGUCCUGACGGAUACUGAGUAUAAAGGACUCCAGCUGUCUCUGGACCAGGUUACAGACACCAAGCCCUCCUUCCCCUUCAGCAGUGCUCCCACCAGCCUCACUGAGAACCGCAGAGCACCCAAGAGCAGAGUGUCCCGAGCCAAGGCCAAGGCUCGACUCUCCCCCUACACACAGUACACUGGUUUCCAGGCCGAGCGGUCAGAGUCGGACCAGGAUAGUCCUUGGGCAGGAUCUCCCCUCACAGACUCCGCUUCCCCUCAGCUGCUGGAGCGGGGGGAGGGGCUUAGCGCCUCCUGUGCCUACAGGCAGUUCUCCGAGCCACGUCCCCUCUGCUACAGCCUCCCAAUCACUGAGGAGCACCACCACCACAUCCCCAGUGAAAGUCACCCCCACCUCGACAGACACGGCCACAACCAGACGUGCGAGCGGGGCCGCUGUGAGGCAGGGAGGUACUUCCUGGGUGCUCCCCAGGGUGGGACAGAGGCGUGGUGGGGAGCUGCCCGCUCUGUGCUGCCCCUGGCCAAGACCUCGUCCCUGGAGAAUGGAGAGGGAUACGAGAGCAGCGUGCCCUACAUCACCUCCAUCCACAGUCUGCAUAACUGUGGCCAAUGGGACCAGGACAGUGUGGUCAGCUCGCCAGACGGGGGCUCCGCCAGCGACUCAGGGGACCGUUACCGCGCAGACUACUUCCGGGUCAGCCCCCAGGAGCCGAGCAAGAUCGAGACCCUGAUCCGAGCCACGCAGCAGAUGAUCAAGGAGGAGGAGAAUCGUCUGCAGCACCGCAGCAAGCUCCACCCAGGCCCUGACACUCCUCUAGGUCCUGCCAACGGCCUCCCGAAGGGCCCCGGACCCAGCUUCACCACUGACUACCCCCAGGGAGUGCUACAUAGCGUGUUGUGCCGUGGCCUGGGUCAGGUGAUCAGCCCCGCAUCAAGCCCUGCCCCUCUCUCCAGGCUCAGCAGCCCAGGGUCUGAUCCCCUCCUCCCCAAGCCCAAAAACUACCUCCAACAGACAGGACAGACAGACUUGUCCCCUCACCCCCAGCCCCUGCACCACCAGCUUGGCUGUCCAGGCCCCUGCUCAGACUCCUCCCCUACCCCUGCCCCAGCUCUCUACCCUUCCCACCCCCAAACCCAAACGGGGAGGCCCUAUCUGGACAAGCAAGCUGCUGCCUACUCCCUGACGGGCUAUGCCCUAGAGCACCUGUAUGACCCCAAGAGCCUCAGGGACUUCUGUUCCUCCGCUGGCACCACCCACUAUGACGUGACUUCACACCUGCGCAUGCAGGCAGAGCAGGGGCCGGGACACAAGGGGACCUCCGUCAUCAUCACCAACGGCAGCUAACGCCUGCUUGUCCAAUAACACUAAAGGGAUGUCUAAAAUGUCAGCCUAUUCCCUGUAUAGGGAAAAGUGUGCCAUUUCCCUACAUGCUAUUUUUGGACCAGAGCCUGCGUAGGGCUCUGGUCAAAAGUAAUGCACUACAUAGGGAAUAGGGUGCCAUUUCAGAUGCACACUAAAACACAUGAAGAAGAAACUGGAUCCAUGGAAUAUUCAUUCUAUUUUUUUUUUUUUUAAUUUAUUUUACCUUUAUUUAACCAGGAAAGUCAGUUAAGAACAUAUUUUUAUUUUCAAUGACGGCCUGGGAACAGUGGGUUAACUGCCUGUUCAGGGGCAGAACGACAGAUUUGUACCUUGUCAGCUCGGGGGUUUGAACUCGCAACCUUCCGGUUACUAGUCCAACGCUCUAACCACUAGGCUACGCUGCCGCCCCUAUAGCCCAGCCUCAACGGCCUCUUCUGUGUCUUAUCCAGCAAAAACAUUUGUUUCCUUUUCUUUUAAUCUUUACAGAGCUACAUUAUUCCAUUUGCACUGCCAGAAAUAGAGUUUAAUUGCGGGAACCUCACCCCUAUGGUUGAAGAUAGGGUUGUGGAUAUGCUUUGAGUUAACAGGACAGGGUUCAACGUUAGUGCACUUUUUAGUGUUGGUCAGAAUCCCCUUAUCACAACACAACUCUAGAACUAGACCUGGUUAAAUUGAUAUAUUUUUUGCCCGCUCUACAGACGGCUAUAUCUGUCUGCUAAUACAGGACUAGUAAAGGCCCAGUGCACUACUUUUAAGAUAAUAAUUCAGGGGAUACUACAGCAUCCUCAGCACCCCUACUUUCCGUACCUAUAGUUAAAGGUGUGUAAGUAUAGAGAUGAAGCAAAAAUGACACAAAAAAAACUUCAGACAUCAACAAUUAUGCAAAUUCAUUCUAUCUAUGUUCUCCCCAGUAGGUAAGCUAUGGAUUAAGGGAAGUGUACCCACACUUUCAGAGAAAGCAAAGGGGGGAUUUAAGGGAUACAUGCAAGAGAUACAUAUGCCUACAUUUACAUUGAGACAUACAUCAGUUCACCUGGACUGUCAGGUAGCAGGCUUUACUUGGGCUAAAUGUCUCGUUGGCGUGGAUAACAACAUUUAUUAGUGAUUUGGUCUGUAGUGGUAUAAUAUCACCUCAGUGAGGAUACCAACAUUAUAUACAACCUCUAAUGAACAAUCUUAUUGAGAUGUGAUUACUGGGAGGCUAAGGGUCAAUAUGAUGGCAUGGAUUGUCUCAUUUGCCAGGUGUAGUGGUAAACACUGAGGGGGAAUUUAGCAUGCUUUCAAGGUAAACACUGAGGGAGUUAGCAUGCUAGCAAGGCUGAGGUGUGAGUUAGCAUGCUAACAAGGUUGAGGUGUGAGUUAGCAUGCUAACAAGGUUGAGGUGGGAGUUAGCAUGCUAACAAGGCUGAGAUGGGAGUUAGCAUGCUAACAAGGAUGAGGUAGGAGUUAGCAUGCUAACUAGGCUGACGUGAGAGUUAGCAUGCUAACGUGUGUGUACCUCCGAGGCAUGUCUUGUUAAAUUGUCAACAAGGGUAAUUGUACAGUUAUUGUACUGGAAAGAGAUGCCCAUUGUUUAUUGAACAUAUGAUAAGAUGAAGGAAAAAUCAAGUGAUGUGAAAUGGAGAGAUUGUGUCUGAUGUGGUUGAUCGACUUGUGCACUGUUCUAAUAUUACAGAAUGAUGUAUAGGCAACGCUUGCUUGUACCAACAUGACAUUAGUUAAUAUUACCAUAAUAAUGAGUUAUAUGACAAUUAAUGAAAUGUUUUCACAAAGUCAUGAUACAUGCAGCAAUAUGCAAUCCAACCAGUUGGGUAUUCGUUUAGACAGCCUAAAUCAUUAUCACAUCUGAUCAUGCUAAUGCUUGUUUGUUAUAAACUAGCAUUACCUUUCUCUAACGCUUCAUAUCAUGUUUAUUAUUCUGUUUUGUAGGCAGUGUGACACAUUUCAAGCGUUCCCCUGGAUUCUGUUGUAAAUGUGGUUACCAUAUCUCUUUAUAUUUAUAAGUUUGAAUUUGUUUUUGUUUUUGUCAGAGUUUGAAUUGUACUUUUCCAAAGUUAUUUAUGAUGUAAAUAUGCUGAGAAAAAGACACCACUUUGAAGCACAAGGGAAAAGUUGUAUUUAUUUAGUGAAUGUUUAUUUUGGGUUUUGAAACAUAGUUGCAAUCAAAACAGUCUGCUUGCAUAUGAGUGUGUUUGAUUUAAACAAAUUCU